AUGUUGACAUCGAGAAAUUGGAAUAAAAACGAACGAAUGUUCGUUCUAUGUAUUAUCAUCGCAAACGUGAUUCGCGUUAACGGGUUGAACGAUGAGAAAAUUAUUCCCAUUAAAAAUAACGAUAUCGAAUCUUACAACGAUGUUCGUCCGAUCGAAAGAUCGAUUUUUAAUUAUCGAAGAGCGGGUUUACGAUUGGACAUUAAAAUAAUAACGAAUCCUUUGACGAAUUCUACGGAUAAAUUAAAACACAAAGUUGACAAUUUUCCGGAUUUUCCGAGUAAGGAUUUAGGUCAAUGCGUUCUCGAUCUUUCAUUGAGUUGCAUCAAGAAACGUUUUGCCAAAUUAUUCGAUAGUAUAGGUGAUUUGAAUGAGAUCACGUUGAUUGGACAGAAUGUUAAAUUGGUUAAAAUUAGAAAACCACGGGACGAUCGUAGAUCGAUCAACAACGGUGACGUUGAAAACGACGAAAUUCGACGUAGCAUUGAUGAUUUUUUCGACACUUUCGUGUUACGCAUUACUUUGCCAAGGUGGAACGGAAAACGUGAGAGGAGUCAGAUCGAUUUGAUGUUCGAUGAAACAUCAGGCGGACCAAUUAUCGAAGGAGGAGGUGGAAAAGGUGGAGGAGGAGGUCUCAAGGGUGGUGGUGGUGGAGGAAGAUGCAAGAUGAUGAUGAUGGCUAUGCUUAUGCUUGCUAAAAUGAAGAUUAUAGGUGUGAUAGGAAUGAUGGCGAUGAAAGGAAUGAUAAUGGGAGCAAUGUCAUUGAUGAUUUCAACCGUGAUGUUAAUGAUGAAAUUUUUGAAAGGUGGAGGAGGAGGAGGUGGUGGUGGCGGUGAAAUAAUUCUACUGACAAAAAUACCAAGCGGAGGUAAUGGUGGCGGUGGAGGUUAUGGUGGAAAUGGUGGUGGUGGAGGAGGAUAUGGUGGAAAUGGUGGUGGUGGAGGAUACGGUGGAAAUGGUGGCGGUGGAGGUUAUGGUGGAAAUGGUGGAAAUGGUGGUGGUGGAGGUUAUGGUGGAAAUGGUGGUGGUGGAGAAUACGAAUUAUAUGGUUAA